GUUUACGAGCCCCUCCCCCGGUUAAGUUGUGCGCAUGCGCAUUCCGUCCUUCUUGCUCAGGAAUAGGGAUCCAGCAUGGGUAUCGACGUAGAGCACAGACAGAGGAAGGUCAUCAGAAAAGAACCUAAAUCUGAUGACCCUUAUCUCAGGCUAUUGGUCAAGUUGUACCGAUUUCUGGCUCGCCGCACUGAUGCUCCGUUCAACAAAGUGGUGCUGAAAAGGCUGUAUAUGAGCAAGAUCAACCGGCCUCCUAUGUCCAUAGCACGACUCAUUCGUCAGAUGAAACCAACUGAUAGGAAAUCCAAGAUCGCUGUUGUCGUAGGCACUAUCACAAAUGAUGUCAGAGUCUUCGAUAUUCCAAAGCUAACGGUCUGUGCUCUUCGGUUCACUGAGGGAGCUCGUGCUCGUAUCCUGAAAGCCGGGGGUGAGGUGUUGACGUUCGACCAGCUGGCAAUGAGGGCUCCUCUCGGACAAAACACAGUCCUCCUACAGGGACCACGUAAAGCCAGGGAGGCAGUUCGACACUUUGGACCAGCACCUGGCGUGCCUCACAGUCAUACUAAGCCAUACGUCCGAUCCAAAGGCCGCAAGUUUGAGAAGGCCCGUGGACGCAGAAAGAGCAAGGGCUUCAAGGUCUAGAACUGAACUCUACUUCUGUGCAUUGAGUGCCUGCUUGUAUGAGCUGUUGUAUUAUGAGUCCUUACGUUGACCAUUAUUAAUUUUGAUCAAUUUGAAUUUGAAAGUUUCAAUGUAUUCAAAGAA